AUGGCGUUUUUCCAGCCCUUUAAGCUCCUAGGAAUUUUAGAUGUGGAGAACAUCCCCUGUGCACGGGACUCGGUAUUAUAUGGUUCCCUAGGAUCUGUUGUGGCUGGCCUCGGACAUUUUUUGUUAACUAGUAGAAUUAGAAGAUCAUGUGAUGUCGGAGUAGGAGGAUUUAUCGUCGUGACUUUAGGAUGCUGGUUCCAUUGUAGGUAUAAUUAUGCAAAGCUAAGAAUCCAGGAAAGAAUGGCCAGAGAAGGAAUUAAAAAUAAGAUUUUAUAUGAAAGUACCCACCUUGAUCCUGAAAAAAAACCAGCAGCGGCAGCACCUGAACAGUCUUGAGCAUAGAAUCCAAAUACAACUGAUGUCCGUGUGAACCAAGAUGGACCGACUGUGUAAAACACUGCAUGUGCCAUAAGGGUUCAAUCAAGUAAAUAAAGCAUGUGUGAGUUGUAGUCUUUUUUCCACUUGUAGGAAUAUUUUAUAAACUUAUUCUGGCCCUGUUAUCUACUACCAGUAUAGCUUAAUAGUGGACUUGUCACACAAAAUAAACCUAGUGUUCAGCAAGCUUUAAAAAGUUCCUUUGUAGUGAGUGUAAACGAUGUCCAUUUUAAAUAAAAUCCCAGUUAGAUUUUAAAACUUGCCUUUAAAACAAUCGUAUUACUAUCCAGUUAAAAAAUGAGGGAAUACUUCUUGGUUCCUUUAAA